AUGAUUAGGCUGAUUGCGAACACUUCUAACCGCAUUGUCACACGCUAUCCUGUAUUUUUUAAAAAACUUGACCGUUCACUUGCAACGCAAUCGCGAGAUCCCAAGCAUAUCUUUACGAACCCUUCAAAUAAUGAAAUUCUAGAUUCAAAACAUUUCUUCACCAGUCCCAACGCAAAUGUGGGGUCUGAAGAGGACCUGAUAGCUGCAACUAUCCAGGAAAGCAUUAAGUCGAAUCGCCGUAAAAAAUUCAAGCAUAUUUCCAGCGCAUUCGUAGUAGCUCUACUAACGACCAUACUAGGUUAUUCAGUUGGCUAUAAAGUGAUGUAUCUACACGAACAAGCCUUCAUACCGGCGUAUCCGGUACCUAAGAAACGCAGCUUCAACACCGAUGAGUUGAAAUCCAUCAAUGUGCGAGAAAUAGAGGAACUGGCCAAUUACAAGGUACUUGAACGAUUGUCAAUGCAUCCCAUGAUUAAAGAGCAAUACGGAGUUCCUCUGCAUCACGCCCCCGGGGUUCCACUUAGAAGUCGUAAUUUUUCAGUCUGGCAAGAAAAUCCCAACCCAUGCCUUGCUGGCAUUCUUGUGAAGCCCUACAACGCCCCAAAGGACCAGUCUGUCUGGCACACUAUACCCUUUAUGUUCAAAUGGAGACUUGUUCAUCGCUCUAUCGACGUGGUGGACUCUGUAAACCAGCUGUUGAGCCGAUUUGGCACUGAAACCACGGAUUUGCUUGAUGUGGUGAAUCCAAAUCGCGAAAACGGUGAUUUUAAAUACGAGAGGCCGCAACACUACUCACAAAGUCAUCAAGCGUCACAUCUGUGGUUUUUGGGCGAAAUGGAGCUUGAUGAAAAUUCCAUAAUUGUCUUUAAGGGCAGAUACCAUGUUGAUAUCAAAUUACAACAGGUAGAUCUUCUGCGGCGGGAAAAUAACGAACUUGUGCGUUACGUGCUGUACCAGGCGGACGAGAAAUAG